CCGCCCCCAGUGGGGUGCCCGCCAAUAUGGCCACCAAUAUGGCUGCCCCCGGUGUGAUUCCCGCCAAUAUGGCUGCCGGAGGAAGGGGGGACAAUAUGGCCACCAAUAUGGCCACCCCCAGUGUGAUUCCCGCCAAUAUGGCCGGCAGCGUAAGGGGGGACAAUAUGGCCGCCCCUGGUGUGGCACCUGCCAAUAUGGCCACCAAUAUGGCCGCCCCCAGUGUGGUGCCCGCCAAUAUGGCCGCUCAAUAUGGAGGGGUUAAUAUGGCCCCCGCCAGUAUGGCCACCCCCAGCGGGGAAAACGACCCCAAUAUGGCCCCCACAAGCGAGGCCAACCCCGGUCUGGGGGUCCCCGUGGGAGGAACCAACAUGGCCGCCCCCAAUAUGGCGGCCGCCGCAGGGGAGGCCAAUGUGGCCCCCGGAAGUGUGGCCGUCACCGGUAUGGCCCCCCUUGGGGGAAGCAACAUGGCCACCUUUGGGGGAAACAGCAGGGGAGGGGGGACCCCAGCAGGGGGUCCAACAUGGCCGUGAGGGGAGCCAACAUGGCCCCCACCAACAUGGCCACCACCAACAUGGCCCCCACCAACAUGGCCACCACCAACAUGGCCACCACCAACAUGGCACCCACUAACAUGGCGCCCUCCAACAUGGCGGUCACCAACAUGGCCGCCCCCAUUGGGGAAUCCAACAUGGCCUCCAACAUGGCCUCCAACAUGGCACCCACCAACAUGGCACCCACCAACAUGGCGCCCUCAAACAUGGCCACCUCCAUGUUGGUGGAAUCCAACAUGGCCUCCAACAUGGCACCCUCCAAUAUGGCCCCCACCAACAUGGCUGCCAACAUGGCCGCCCCCAGUGGGGAAUCCAACAUGGCCGCCCCCAGUGGGGAAUCCAACAUGGCCGCCCCCAUUGGGGAAUCCAACAUGGUCGCCCCUUCGGGGCCCCGCCCCUUCCCCUGCCCCGUCUGUGGGCGGAGCUUCGCCUCGGGGGCGGGGCUGAGGCGGCACCAGCGCCGUCACGGCCCCGCCCCCUCCCCGGCAGCCACGCCCCUAUCGCGAUAGCCACGCUCCUCUGUAGUGACCACGCC